AUGUCUAGAUAUGGGAGUUGGUUAAGUGAGCUCCGCAGGAUUCAAUCCUGCGCCCCUCUGGGACACCUAAUAACCGAGGCUUCCUCCCAGGCCAAUGGGAGCCGUGCGAAGCUGCACGAGAUUACUAAUCGCAGAACCUCACCAUCCCCAACAUCUCGAACUUCUGGCGCGAACGAGCUUGAUUUCCACCAGCGCCAACUUGUCGUAGAACGGACGAACCACCUAAUCCAAUCAAAUCCAAUCCCUCAAGCCAAAGUUCGCCUGACUCCAACAAAUCAUGUGACCUGGACUGGAUCCCAGAUGUUUGGGCCGACGGUUGGAGCAACAUCAACCGACAACGGCCAGCACGCAGACACGGACAAGGAGAAUAUAGACAGCUAA